AUGAAAAGUCAUGACGGCAGCACGGUGAUCGUUGUGCUGGCACUUUGGAGAAGACCGAUGGAAGGGCUUAGCUCAUUGUGCAACAUGGAGGGCCUGGCAGAGGUACCCCACGAGGAUACAGCUCGGGUCGGCGCCCCUCCCGGCUUCGUACACCGCCACCCCAGGGGCCAAGCACGUCAAGAGCGGACUACUUGCUUUUACCGUGGCUUUAAGUACACUCGAGCAUGGACAUCCUCGCGCAAGAUUGCAUAUCGGUGCUCCAGAUUUCGCAGUGGCUGCCGUGGCACGCUCGAGGUCACAAUCGCUACCAUGGGCUUCUCUGCGGUGCGACCGCAUACCUGUCGUGAUGCUGUUCCUGCCCCUGGCAGAAUUGAAGACGUUACGAUGGAAAUGAUGAGCCGAGCUGAUGCUUUGGCAAUUGAGCAAGUUGCUCGUCCUGCUCGUCAGAUUUGGGAGGCUCUACGUGAUGAGUUUUAUGGUGCUGCCAACGGCAACGUGGUAAGGGGGCUGUCGGAGUUGCAAGUGCAACGCCGCAUUUAUCGGGCGAGACACCAACACUUUAGUGGAGACGUUCAUGGUGCGAUUGAAAUUCCACCGCUCUCGUUAGCUCUUGAUGAGGCUGUUUCCUUCUUUCAGUUUCAUUACGUGACGAUUAACAACGAAAACCUUAACAAGCCGACACGGUUAUUAGGCUGGGCGCAUCCAUCGCUGGUUAAUCUGCUGCGCUACCACGGGACUACACUGUUUGUGGAUGGCACAUUCCAUUGCGUGCCGCGUGGAUACAAACAAUGCGUUAUCUUUAUGGUGCAUGAUCGAGCAUCAGGGAUUUUCGUACCUGUCUACUAUGUGCUAAGUACUUCUCGAUCUGGUGAUUCGUACUGGGACAUGCUGCACUUCGUGGUUCAAAGCACUGACCAGCAGCUGGAGCCUGCCGAAGUUGUCUGCGACUUGAGACUGGACUACUCAACGCGGUCAAUACACAAUUCCCUAAUGCCCUUGUGGUAG